CAACUCGACGCGAACCCGAAAGCAAAGCCGCCUCCGCCGUCUCCCUCCCCUCCUCCUACCCCACACCCACCUCGCCGGAAACCGCAAUCCGGCAUGGAUUCGCUCCUCGCCACCUACGCCUCUUCCGACGAAGACGGCGACGAAACCCUCCCUUCCCCCGCCCCCGCCCCCGCUCCCGCUCUGGCCGCCGCAGCCAAGCCCGCCGGAGGCAUCUUCUCCGCGCUCCCGCAGCCCAGGUCGGCCGCCCUCUUCUCCUCCCUCCCGGCGCCGAGAUCCGGCUCGACCUUCUCCUCCAUCCCGCCUCCCAGGUCCUCCGCUGCCGCAUCCUCCGGAAACCCUAAGCGCGUCGUUCAAUUCCGCCCGCCGCCGAUCCACCAGCCUUCCGGCGCCAGCUCGGACGAGGAGGACGACGCCGUUAAACGCCGUCCCAGCGCCAGCGUGGCGCUCCCGCCCCCGUCUGCUGGCUCGGGCCCGGUGUCUUCGUUCCUUCCGGCGCCCAAGCACUCGCUCGGGUUCGGCUCCGGCGCGGCCAGGAGGUCGGCCGUAGACACCGCCGCGCCGGAGAGGUCAAGUCUUGGUUCUGCUGGCCCAUCUGGCUCGGCUGUCAACACAGGGGCGCCUGAAAGGCUCAAUACUGGGGCUGCCAACGAGGACUCCCCUGAGGAGGAGAGCAGCGAUGAGGACGGCAUGCCUGAUCCGGCGCAGCAGCAAGAGCAACAGGGUCUUGACGCUGCAGCUGGAGACCAACAACAGCAGGCUUAUGAUGCUGGAGCUGGGAGCGCUAACCCAUACGACGGCUAUGCAUGGGAUCCAAACUACUACGCUAAUUACGGUGGGAAUUAUGGUUUGGAUCCAAGCGGCAAUGCGAAUUAUGGGACUGAAGCACAGUAUGCAGCAUAUGGCGCAGAGCAAGGUGCUGUUUAUGGUGGUGAUGGGUAUGGCGGAGAGCAAAGUGGUGGGUACGGGUAUUCGACGGCACCGCCAUCUGGAACAGAAUAUACUGGUGCGUAUAGACCUGAGGUGGCAGAAAUGGCAGCGCCACCAAUGCAGGAACCUCUAAUGCCACCGGAGAUGGGCAGGAUUGGUGGGAAGAGAGGUAGGAGGGAUGUGCCAAUGGAGAUUCUAGAGGUGAACCAGGCAGAGCUGAUGAAGAACCGGCCAAGGGAGGACAAGUCCAAGCUCACAGGAUUGGCCUUUGGUCCUAGUUACCAGGCCGCCCCUUCUGCGAAGGGAAAGCCCUCUAAGUUGGCGAAAAGGAAGCAUCAGAUUGGUUCUCUGUACUUCGACAUGAGGGCAAAAGAGAUGGAGCUUAAUGAGAGACGUUCCAAAGGUGUCCUAACGAAGGCAGAGACUCAAGCAAAAUAUGGCUGGUGACCCAAGUCUGAAAGACUCGCCUCCUUGUAUAUCAGGAUCGAACUGUUGAUUCAGCAUGUCGUCUAAAUUUUUGUUGUAAAACCCAUUGUACGAUUAUGACUUGAAUCCAAAUCUUGGCUUUGUUUUCCUCGGUUUG